AUGCAGACGGAUGUCUUGCUGUUGAUCUGUGUCUGUGUGCUAGGUGCUGCUGGAAGAUCGGUUCAUCACAGGGGGCAGAUGUUCGAAAAUUACAGCCAAACAAGAUCAAGAAGAGAAACACAAAGGGAGGGAGAGGGCGGUCACAAAUCCGGCAGCCCUAUCCUGAAAAGAAGUCCGGAUAUAACAAAGGCUUACAUGACGAAAUCCGAACAGCUGCUCAGAGUAGAUGAUCAUGACUUCACCAUGAGACCUGGGUUUGGAGGACCUGCCAUUCCAGUUGGCGUAGAUGUUCAGGUUGAAAGUCUUGACACAAUUUCUGAAGUUGACAUGGACUUCACCAUGACCCUGUACCUGCGACACUACUGGAAGGAUGAACGCCUGUCCUUUCCCAGCAACACAAACCAGAGCAUGACCUUCGAUGGGCGGUUGGUCAGGAAAAUCUGGGUGCCUGACAUGUUCUUUGUCCACUCCAAGAGGUCCUUCAUUCAUGACACCACCACAGACAAUGUCAUGCUUCGCGUUUUCCCUGAUGGCAAGGUUCUCUACAGCCUGAGGGUCACAGUGACUUCCAUGUGCAACAUGGACCUGAGCCGCUUCCCAUUGGACACACAGACCUGCUCCCUGGAGAUUGAGAGCUAUGCGUACACGGAGGACGACCUGAUGCUCUACUGGAAAAAAGGCAACGAAUCCCUGAAGACCGAUGAAAAGAUCUCACUCUCCCAGUUUCUCAUCCAGAAGUUCCACACUACCACGAAGCUGGCGUUCUACAGCAGCACAGGAUGGUACAAUCGGCUCUACAUCACCUUCACCCUGCGACGGCACAUCUUCUUCUUCCUGCUGCAGACCUACUUUCCCGCCACGCUGAUGGUCAUGCUGUCCUGGGUCUCCUUCUGGAUCGACCGCCGCGCGGUUCCUGCCAGGGUUCCUUUGGGUAUCACCACGGUGCUCACCAUGUCCACCAUCAUUACCGGGGUCAACGCUUCCAUGCCCAGGGUCUCCUACAUCAAAGCCGUGGACAUUUACCUCUGGGUCAGCUUCGUGUUCGUAUUUCUAUCAGUGAUAGAGUACGCCGCAGUCAACUACCUGACCACAGUGCAGGAGCGCAAGGAGAGGAAGCUGAGAGACAGGCUCCCUUGCACCUGCGGCAUGCCGCACCCCUCCGCCCUGAUGCACAGCAGCUACAGCGACGUGGACGUCAACACCACGGGGAACUACAGCAUGCCGGAGGAGAACGGCGACAAGCGCGAGAGGAUCCUGGUGCAGCUGGCGCUGGCCGACGAUCGGACGGGGGUGGUGGGGAAGAGCCCCCGGAGCUACGCCAGCGUGUGGAUCGACACGCACGCCAUAGACAAGUACUCUCGGGUCAUCUUCCCCGGUGCGUACACCCUCUUCAACAUCAUCUACUGGUCCAUCUACUCAUAACACAUCGCCUCGUUCGGCCCAAGAUGCUCCAGCAAACCAAGACCAUGUACUUGGGAUACAAGUUAAGAAUCUUGUUUUUUUUUAAACUCAGUCUUGAUAAUGCUACAUUUGUACCCUUGUGUAUGUUUGGAAGAGUUUUGCGCUGUAAAUUCUCGAAAUGAAAGGGAGGAAAUGGCAUUUUACAUGAAAGAUUUGAUUCAUUUGAUCUUUUUAUUAAUAGUAUUUGAUCGGUUUAACUUGGUGUGAAGCAGAUGGUGUAUUUCAGAGAUCAUGUGCUGGUAUUCAUGGGUAUGGAUAUGGGUAUGAAAUGCCGAAAUCUUGUGUAUAAUAGUUGUUUUAGUGAAUCUUUCUAUUAAUUUAUUGUUUUUAAUAUUACUUUUUUAUUUGGAUGAUAUAAUUGACUAUUAUAGUCAUAUCAUUUCAGCACCAUUUUACAUGAUGUUAACUUCAAAGAGAAAAAUAAUUCAUACUCAUAAUAAAAAAAACACAUUUUCAUCAAAAUCAGGCUCAAACAUUAAAACAUGACUUUUAUGUUGACGUUAAGAAUUAGACUUGCAUUUAUUUCAUGACACACUGUCAAUGAAUAUGGAACAUAGAAACAUAACAAGUCAGCAAAUCACAGUAUUCUUCUCUGCAUUGCAAAUAAUUUCGCUUGAACCUGAACACUUGAACAACUCUCAGCUUUGCACCAAGCCAUGGAGUAAAACAUGUGAGUUGAUGUGAUGAAUCAAGCAAAAUUUAACACGUAAACUAUGCAAGUCAAAUAUGUCACAUGUUUUAUUAUUUAAGAUGAUGUAUGCAAUGCUAGUCAUAUUUAUGUUCUGAAAGUUUAUUACUUGCUGACACUAAUUCAUCAGCACAGUUUUUUUUUACAAAUACCUCUCUAUAAUCCUAUUUUUUCUUCAAAAUUUUAUUUUUUCACAAACUUAAGAAAAAUAAUUCUGAAUAAGCUUGAAUAAGUGAAUAAGUGUUUAACUAAACACGACACAUCUUUUGAUCAAAACUGACUGACUGAGCUACUGUACUGUUUAAAGAAAGUUUUUUAAAACCAUUCAUUCAAUCAUUACACACCAGUCACCAAAUAAGCACAAGACACCUGUUUCAAAGUGGCUAUUUUCAUGGAUAAGACCAAAAAUCUAUUUGCGUAAUGGAAGCUCAAAACUAUUAUCUCAAAACUGGAUAUACUGGAAAUCUUUCAUUUAUUGUGCAUGGCAAAUUCAUGCAUUCAUAGUCAAUAUGCAUUCUGCUAGUCUGACAGAAUUCAGAUUUCCCAAAAACACAUUGCAUUUUUUGUUGGAAACGAUAAGCUCCCUUGAGGAUACUUAAGGAAUUACUGCCUUGUCUUUCUCCACAGUACAUUAUUGAAGAACCCUGUUAUGUUUAGCAGGCCUAAUUACUGUCUGUAUGGGGCCAUAUGAUGAGAUAAAUAUGUAAAUCAAGAAUAAUCUUACCUACACAUUUUUGUUUAUCAUUUUUUAAAAAUAUGCGUGGAGAUCAUGUGCCCAUUAUUGAAUACAUGUUACAUUAAGCCAUUUUUGAUACUUUUUUUAACAAGUCACUUUUUUAGUUUUUCUGUGCAAUAUAUACCAAGUAAAAACAUUUUAUUUUAACAGUUUGACAGUUUGUAUCAUGUUGUGGCUGUAUUAUAGAGACAUUCAUUCCAUAGAACAGUAGCGUUGUGCUUAGUUUCCUACUUUUCUAUACAACGUACUGUUAAAGACACCAGAGGAUAAAAACAGCAAAUAAAACCAGUAACUGGCAAGAACUAUUUGUAUGCAGUUUUCUUCACCUGGCAUUGGUAAAUGACAAAACUAACCAGCCUGAACACCGACAGGAAAAAAAGAGACUUUUUAUAGUUGAUUGCCCAAACACCAUCAUCUAGGAAAAAUGUGGGAAAAGCUACAAAAAUAUGUAAACAUAAUUAGAGUUAUAUGAGUCCUACUCUGAAAAAUAUGUUACUGGGAAAACCUCUCAAACAUGAGCUUAACUGAAAACAGGUUCUAAAACAUUCUUCAUGCAAAUCAGGGAAAUUCAGAUAAGUUAUGGUUUCAAGGGCAGCAUCCUGUGAGACUAACACAUUAGCACAGACCACCUGUAAAGACUUGGAAAAAUGAAAUCAAGCAAAAUGGUUUUUUUUUUGCAAUGCUUUAUUAAAAGAUAGCAUUCAAUUAAUAGUGUUAUCAUUCAACGGUAUAGCUUAAUGAAACAUUACAUUCUACCUGAACAGUUUUUACAUUGCCUGUACAAACACACAAGCGCUUAUACCCACUUGAGUGGUAGUACCAUGAGUUUCAACCAUCCAAUAAGUCCUACCAUCCUGUCAACAUUGUAUUUAUGACCUCGCUGGGUGCUGCUGAAACAUGGGGUGACUGUGAUAAUCUAUAUAUAUAUAUAUAUAUUUCUUUUUUUUUUUUUUUUAGCAGAUGCUAUUAUUCAGGGUGCUUAUAUUUUAUUGUGAAAUAUUGUACCCCCAUUACAGGCUUGCACAAAUGUUAGCAUAGCGGUUUUGCACCCCUCCAAAAGACUUACAGUACUGGCACAAAUUAUAGAAACAUUGCAUUUCUAAACAAGCUUGUUUGACGAUUAAUGCAAUAUUUGGCAACAAUUUCUCUUUUUGUCAUAAAUGUAAUAUGUAAUAUCAACAUAAAACAAAAGUGAAAAAAUAA